AGUAAUGCGCCGAAGGAUUUGGCUGAUGCGGGUGUUGCGGAUAAGUUGAAGUAUAAGAUCAAGGGGUUGCUUCAUAAGGAGUAGGAGUAGAUGUAUGCUGUUUCUUUGGAGUUUUUGUUCUCGUUACGAUAGUGAUACCUUCUUUACCUUCCCUUCUGGUCGGCUCUCGAGACGGCCCGCCCGAACCCGCCACCCGGCGACAGAGAUAAGAGAAAGUACGUCAUCUGCAACUCGCUGUUAUAAAGUGUAAGUCCUCCGCAAUUAUUGUUCAAUCGCAAUAACAUCAAUCGCAAUGUCAACAACAAUCCCAAUCCUCGAGAACGACGGUGAUCGCGUUCGCGUACACGGCCCAGACGAAGUAACCUCGCACGGUAGAGGCGGUGCCGGCAACUUUGGCGUCGACACAACUCCCAUGAUCGAUCCCAACGUCGUCCGUAUGGAAAUGCCAGGCGCACACGGAGAAGCCUUCUCAACAGGCCGCGGCGGCACAGGAAACAUGGGUAACGCCGGCUCAGCCCGUCACCACGUCCCCGGAGAUCCCUCCGCCGUAACAACAGACGAAUUCUCCUCCGAACAGAUUUCGCCUGGUCUCGAAGCCGGUGAAGGGUUCUCCACUGGACGCGGCGGAGCAGGGAAUGUCGAGCCGGCGGAUAAUUCGGUAGGGGUUGUGGGACAUGGGAAUCAUGCGCAUGGAGCUGUGGGUGGAAGCGUUGAUAGUGAUGCGGUUAUGGAGGAGAGGAGGGAGAAGGCGCCGGAGGGGCAGGCGGAUGCUGGGCUGGCGGAUAAGGCAAAGAUGAUGAUUGCGGGGCUGUUUCAUAAGAAUAAGUAG